CGGCGAACGGAGAACGAAUGCCUGCCUACCUUGCUCUUACAACCUUGAGCCUAUGGAAAUUGGAACCUGGUCGGUACGUGUAUUUUGUAAGCACAGUAAAGUGGUGUAAGCUCCAGUUCCCGAGCAAUAGGCCCAGAACUAUCCAUAUGAGGGUGUAUCCGCAAUCUCUGAGACUACUUUAGCGGGCACAUGGCCCCUGCUCUUGCUUCUGUUUGGUGCUUGGGCACUUGUUGUUUGAUUUCUUGCCUUUGCAAGUUCCCACCAGAGGAGAGCCAGGUCACAAGUGGGAUGAGCUCAGGGUGUGACUGUGAAGUGAGGUCUGCUGAGAACCCGAGAGACGGGAGAGGACUCGAGGAGGAGGAGGAGGAGGAGGAGGAGGAGGAGGAGGGAUGGAGGAAAGGGAAGGAGGGACGGGAGGUGUCAAGGUUGGAAGCUCCAAUGAUGGGAGAGUCUAAGGAUCGGGGAGGUAAGGCGGGCGGGCGAUUGUCAUUUCCUCCCAGGUUGUUGGCAGUUGCAACUUGGGUGUUUGUUCCUUCCUUCCCUCUCCCAUCUGUUAAAUUGUACCUUGCGGUCCACGGAGUAUUCGUUCCUUCCUACCUAACUUACCCGGUGUAAGGUUGGUAUUCGUACGAAUAACAAGGCACGAAGGUACCUUCCUGCCACGCCUGGUAGGUAGGUAGAAUGAUGCUUAUUCCCCGGCACACCGCACACCUCAGAUACAGGGAUCGCCAACCCGGUGCAGCUUUCCCGUCCCACGGUGAAGCGAAGCGUGACGCACGAGUCCGCGAUGUAUUAGUUAGGUAUUGGCAGGUGGCAGAAAAGAAAACCGAAACUUUUGG